UUUGAGGGGUCCGUGGUAGCUGCGCAGCUCCACUCCGCGCUCGCUCCGUGCCGAGGCGCAGGCACUCCCGCUCCCUUCUCCCCGCUCCUGCCGUCGCCCUCGAGGACGUCCCGGGACCGCCUGGGCGAAAAGAGGCUCUCCUCAGCCCUUUCAUCAUUCUUCCCAGCCGUCCCGGUCCUCCUUCGACGCUGCUCCGGGAUCUCUCUAUGCCCGCCGUCCUCCUCCGUAGGAGCCGCUAGCGCAGGGACAGCGUCCUCCUUCUCCUCCUCCUUCCGCCGCCGCCGUCGUCGCCUCUUUCUCCUCCUUCUCUUUCCGCCACCAUUUCCCCACUCCCCGGCCCCGGGGCGCUGAGCUAGACUAUGGGGACCAGGUCGGGGCCGAGCAGCGGCAGAGCGGGCGGCCCGGUCACCGUGUCCCCUGCGGCAGGGAUGGGGGGGCUCCGCGGCUUCGUGGCUUUAUCUUGACAUGGCUCCUCUCCGUGCUGCCAGCACCGCCGCCGCCUCCUCCUCCACUGCUCCUCCUGCGCCCGCUGGCUGCGGGUAGCGAGCGGGCCACGGUCCCGGGCUCUCGUCGGAGCCUCUCAGUCUCUUGCUUAACGGGGGGGAAGCUUUGGGAGGGGUUCCAUUUUUUUGUUUGUUUUAGUUUUCCUUUGUUUUGUGUGCCUUUCUCUCCAGAGAGAGAAGGGGGGAGAAGUAUUCCCCCCUCUCCUCUUCUUAACCUGGUCUGACGAAUUUGCUAACCUAAAAACUUUUUAACCCCGACUAACCAAACACCUGGGGAGGGGAAAAAAUGUCUGGAGAGAGGAAGAAAAUAACCUGAUAAUUGGGGAUUUGCUUUUUUUUUUUUUUUUUCCCCCCUGGGUGAGGGUGAUUUAGAGGUUUAAAAUUGCAGCUUAGAUUGCAAUUAAAAAAAAAAAAAAACCAAAGCGAAAACCUCGCAAAAAAUUCUGUCACCGCAAAGCAGGAGCAAAAACGCACUCCAUGUUUUCCAAAUCGUGGCCAUGAAGUGAGAGGGGAGAGAGGCGGUGCUGCUGUGGGUGUCCCGCUGCCCCGGGCGCGGCCGCCCUGCGUGCAGAGAGAAGCCGAAGGGAAAGCCCAGAGCGCCGGCCAUGCACAGCCUCGGCUGACGGUGCUCGCAGCAGCAGCAGAGAGAGGGAAGGAUCCCCGGGGGAUCAGCAGCCCAGGGAGCGUAUGAGGUGUCGGGGGAUGUAGGGCUCUCGCACUGGUAGGGAGCCCGGCUUUGGGGCACUGAUUCAGGUUUAAGUCUCUCGGUGAGAAUACGGUCCUUUGAACCCCUGUCCGCCCCUUGUCAAUGGCCAACAUGAUCCCUCUCUUCUUAGGCAGCAGUAGCCUCAGGGCAAUGAUGAGCAGGAUGAAGUUAGAAAUGACUCCGCUGUCUUUUCUCUUUGCUCCCCUGCAAACCAGCGCUGUGUUGACUGUAGUUGAUUUUCUUGUUGGCGGCAGAGAAAUGUCAUACUUCCCGGGUUGUGCACUCCUUUGCACCCUUUUCUCUGCUCUCCACCAAGUGUAAUAAUUCUAAAGAAAAAGACGGGCAACAUAGCAAUAGUGGAAGGCUGAGAAUAAUAAUCAGUAGAGUCAUGAAUCUGGCUGGGGUAAAACGCAAUUUGUAAUUUCAGCUUCGGGUUUUUAUUUUUUUUUGUAAGCAGAGCAAAAGUACCCCCCCCAUGGAUUGGGCUUGUGCCUGUUGCUUUUUAUUGUACACAUAAAUCGUGAUAAGAUUUGUUUGGGUGUUUGGGUUUUUUUUGUUUGGUUUUUUUUUUUUUUCCCUCCCUUCAUUCUUAACCACUUAUUCCUGCGGCUAAACUGUUCAAAUUUUUCUCUUCGAAGUUCUUGGGUGUUUUUUGGUUUGGGUUUUUUUUUUUUUUUUUCCCCUUUUUUUUCCUUUUUUUUUUUUUCCCCCUUGAUUUAUUGUAAAACUUCUUCUCCAGCCAUGGCUGGACAACUACUUUCUUUGUUUCUUGACCCCUCCAAUACGACAUUCUCCUCGAAUAUUGCCUGAGGUGCGGUUUUGGGUUACAUUAGCGUUUGAUCUAUUCAGUUGUAUUAGCAGGAAUCAAACGACUUGUUUCUGUUGUACUUAAGUCUUACGAAAAGGUGCCCAUAGUUUAGCGACAGUUUCCAAAGGCUUUAGUACCACCUGUAUUACAAAAUGGGGGACCCAAACUCCCGGAAGAAACAAGCUCUGAACAGACUUCGUGCUCAGCUUAGAAAGAAAAAAGAAUCUUUAGCUGACCAGUUUGACUUCAAGAUGUAUAUUGCCUUUGUGUUCAAAGACAAGAAGAAAAAGUCAGCACUUUUUGAAGUGUCUGAAGUGAUACCAGUCAUGACCAAUAACUAUGAAGAAAAUAUCCUGAAAGGUGUGCGGGAUUCCAGCUAUUCUUUGGAAAGUUCCUUAGAGCUUCUGCAGAAGGAUGUAGUACAGCUCCAUGCACCCCGCUACCAGUCUAUGCGCAGGGACGUGAUCGGCUGUACCCAGGAGAUGGACUUCAUUCUUUGGCCUCGUAAUGAUAUUGAGAAGAUAGUCUGUCUCCUGUUCUCUCGGUGGAAGGGAUCUGAUGAACCCUUUAGGCCUGUUCAGGCCAAGUUUGAAUUUCAUCAUGGUGACUAUGAAAAACAGUUUCUGCAUGUUCUGAGCCGAAAGGACAAGACUGGAAUUGUUGUCAACAACCCUAACCAGUCAGUGUUUCUCUUCAUUGACAGACAGCACUUGCAGACUCCAAAAAACAAAGCUACAAUCUUCAAGUUAUGCAGCAUCUGCCUGUACCUGCCACAGGAGCAGCUCACUCACUGGACGGUUGGCACCAUAGAGGAUCACCUCUGUCCUUACAUGCCAGAGUAAGGUACUGGCCAGCAAAAUGGGGAAGAUCACAGAAUGCAGCAGUGGAUUUUCACUUUUCCUCACCACUUUAUUCUUUCAGAAUUCAGAAGAAAAUGGACUCAUGUUCAGAACACUAUACAUUGUGAAACUUGAUCAUCCUGGAUUUUUUUAAUCAUUUGUAAUCUCAGAACUUUGCAGGGUUUUGGGGUUUUUUUUAGAUGUUUUCUGCAUGGACCUUGUGAAAGAGAGGAUGCUCUGCACACUUCUGCACUGCAUCAGCAUCUUACUAAAAUGUGAAAUGAAGGGACUGUACAUUGAAGGAAAUGUAUCCGAAAGCACAAGGUGAUCAUUUGUGGUGGUGUUCCCAUUUGUGCUGGUCAUGCCCCCUAACAUCUCUAAGGUUAACCAUCAGUAUUUUGAGGGUGAGAAGUGAAUGUAACGGGUAUAAAAGCCUUAGAGCUUUGCUGUUAAUGAUUGUAUUGAAGAGCACUAUCAUUCAUUCUAAUGAACGAAGAAGUGGCUAUUACAAUAGGAUGUAAGUGUGGGAAAGAAGUCUUUCUUCCAAAAACAAAGCAUCUCAUUUAAUGUAUAGGCUUUUUUUUGCCUCUCUUAUUUUGCUGGGCCAUGUCUUAAGUUUACUGGCACUUUUGUUUUGGAUCUCUUUCCCCAAGUUGCUGUAUAACUAUAUGAAGGUAUUCUUUUGAGUUGAAUGCAUUUAUACAGAUGAGGCAGACCUGGAGUCUGAAGUUGCUAAAGCAGCUCAAAAAAAGGUUAAAUAAUAGCUGCAGAAACAAUGUUGGUAGAGGAUUAUUUUUUCUUGAGAGUUGAGACUUGUAAACUUGCAGGUGAACUGUGCAGGAAAUACUGGUUUCUAAAACAUUUCUGAUGGAAAACCCAUCAAGGUUUGGUUUUUUUUCUUUUUGAUUUUGGAGUAGACAUUAUAAACCAAUGUAAAAUAGUGUUUGGAGUGUCAAAAGUUGGUUCUGACAGAAUAUUUUAAGAUUGUGCAAUGAUAAAAGGAAGACUACUGUAUAGUUUUGAUGACAAAGAAGGCUCUGCUUAAGGGUUGAGUACUUUACUGGAGUAAAACUGCAUAAGCCUACUCCCUUUGGAUAAAACUAGUGCUUACCUGUUUAAAACUUGUAUUUAGCUUUUGUUUGGAAUUGGAAAAAAAUGGAAAUUAAAUAAAUUAGGUGAAAGAUG